CCUGACUGACACACCACAAGUAUAAUUAAACGCAAAGAAAUACACUCCAACAUCAGCCCAUUACCUCCUCUCUACUUUGCAUAUACCCCGCUCUCCUUCCAUUCGACCCUUUCCAUUGCCCCGUAGAAGCUGAUGCUUGCACAAUUACCUCACUGACCCCUAUAAAGAUGUCCUUAUCCCACACCCAUGCCCAUUCCGCUCACUCAAUAAUCCCAUCCUCAAGCCACACUCAACCCAUACCCUAAAUCUCAAGCCAAACCAGCAUUCCAACUCCAACCCACAACCAAAACACACAAACAAUGCCCCCAACCCAACCCACCCUCCGCGACAUCCAAGCGCCCCUAAAAGCACAAUACAAAGACGACCCCGCCAGCGCCCUCAUCACCCUCAAAUCACACGGCACCCUCGACAACAACACCAUAACCUGCAAACUCUCCUCCUCCUCCUCACCCGCCCUCCAAUCCGCACACCGCAUCGCCGGCCUCCACGCCAAAGCCGGCGGCGGCGACAUCUCCGCCGGCGAACUCUGCUCAGGAGACAUGCUCCUCGACGCCCUCGUCGCCUGCGCCGGCGUGACGCUCAAGGCCGUCGCCACCGCACUCGGACUCCCCCUGCUCAGCGGCGUCGUGAGUGCCGAGGGGGACAUGGAUUUCCGGGGCACGCUCGGGGUGGAUCGCGGGGCGCCGGUGGGGAUGACGGCGAUUCGGCUGGGGUUUGAAUUGGUGUUUGGGGCGGGGGAGGUGGGGGAGGGGGAUGUGGAGAGGCUGGGUAGGUUGACGGAGAGGUAUUGUGUUGUGCUGCAGACGAUUGCGCGGAAGCCGGAGGUUAGUGUUAGGGUUGUUGGGAGGGGUGGGGUAGGAGGGGUGGAGGAGGGGGUUGAUAGGAGUGUUGUUUGGGGGACGAAGGUUUGAUAUUGGGGGGAGGAAGGGAACUUUUGUGAUAAGCGUAUAUGAUAGCGCAAGGCUCAGCCCCUCGUUGGGGGCAAGGUGGUCGUUCCUAAACAUCCAUAUCAGAACACUUGAAUUCCCACUCGUGGGAACGCGCGACUUCGUCGGUGAUUUCCUCCCAUGCCCAUCCACCUGGUCUCAGCCGGUCUAGGACGCUUGCACUGUC